AUGGGGAAAUUGGAUUCUCCACCUUCUACACGCUGUCUCAUCUGCUCGGCUCAAGCGACCGGAUUCCAUUUUGAGGCUCAGUCAUGCUCGGCGUGCGCCGCGUUUUUUCGACGAACCGUUGCACUGACAAAGACUUUUAAGUGUAUCACAGGCAAAGAUGAUUGUGCAGUACACUACAGCAUGCACCAAAUUUGUCGUAGCUGUCGUCACAAGAAAUGUCUGACCAGUGGAAUGAAGCCAGCCGGUGUGCAGCCAAAAAAGGGAAAUGUGGAGACUGGAAGAGCGUUUUUCACAAAAUCCGGGUUGAAAAGAAACAAAAAGUUUGCAAAUGUCUCUCCAGUGACAGCAGAUGAGGAAAAGUUGGUGGUCGAGAAGAUUCCGAAAAUCGAGGUCUCCGAUUCUACAGUAUCCCCCAUGGAUUCUUCUUCUGUAGAGACAGAGGAUUCCAGUCAAAUGGAUUUGGAUGAUUUCGUUGUGAAAAUCCCAACACCUCGAAAAAUCUCAUCCACACCUUCGACUCGCUCCACAAUCACCAUGUUUAGCACCCCUGGACCAUCCCCGGCAUCAUUAAUGAGUCCAAGUACCCCGAAACCUUCUCUUCCAGAUGCUUUAACAGUUUUAAUCCGCGAGGAAAUGAAAUUAGGGGAGCGAAGAAGGCUUUUGUUCAGCGAGAGAGCAGUGGGAACACUUUUAGGGCAAAAUCGACAGUGUCCCUACAAAAAAGAGGAUAUCAAGCCAUUGGUAUUCCAUGACUUUCGUCUGACCAUCAAAACCCAUAUAAUGCUGGUCUACGAGUGGCUCCAAUCGUGGCCAGAGCUCCAGGAAUUAGAUGAUUUCGAUCGAAUGUCACUUUUACGGAAAGCAGUGCUCAUUCACUUUCUUCUCGACCCAUCUUUCCUUUCUUAUCAAAUUGGAGAGCCGGAUAAGCUGAUAAUGCAAAAUGGUGGAUUUAUCUCUACGGCCGACCAUCAUGGUGUUGGUUGGGAGGAUGAACCGGAUAUCAGUGGAGAGAAUAAACGAAAAUAUUAUGUGCCAAUUAUGAAACAAAUUACGGAUGAGAUCAUGCCAGCGAUGAAAGCCAUGAGCAUCACUUUUGAGGAAUUUGUCGCGUUAAAAGCGCUAGCCUGCUUUCAAGGAGGUUUCGAAAAUGUGUCCGAGGCAAAGAGACACUUAAUUACCCAACAGGUGAAUCGAGUACUAUCCUCCCUUCACACUCAUUAUCUAGAAAGUUCUGAGGAGAAAAUUGCCGAGCGAUUUGGAACAAUUGUGCUAAUGCUAAGCAAUAUUUUUACAGCGGGCAAUGAUUUCGUGAAGAAUCAUCGAGAAAUUGACAUUUUUCAUAUUUGGGACCUGGAUAAAUUGGUACUGCAACUUUUGAAUUUGGAUAAAAUCAUGGAGACGGAGGCGAGGGAGACCGCGGAGAAACGAGCAAUUAGGAACGGAAUUAAUUUACAUAAUGAGGGCAAUUAA